AUGGGUAACCAAAACAAAGACGAGAGACAUGAAAUGUUUAUGCUUUUCACGACUAGAGUAUUGAGUUUGCACCAGUAUUCUACUAUAAACAAGUUCUCUCUCAAGUGUCGAAAUGGUGUUUAUCCAUUUUGUGUCUCUCGUUGGGUAUUGCAUGUGUUGGAACGCGGUGUGUCGGAUCUCGAUUUACGCGUAAUGGUGGAUUGGGAUGAUUCGGUUUCGAUGCCAGGAAGUGUGUUUGUGAGCAAGUCACUAGUUAGGUUGAGGAUAGAAGCUGAGAAUGGUGCAGUCAUUUAUGUGGAAGAUGUUUUUCUUCCAAAGGUUAAGACUCUCCAUCUUGAUGCAGUUGUGUUUGAAGACUAUGAUUAUUGGAAACGCCCUGUGUCUUCAAAAACGCUCAAGAGACUAACUCUACGUUGUGAAGACUGGAAUAGUAAUCCAGAUAGUGUUUCGCUUGAUACACCGAAUCUUGUCUACUUUGAAUACACAGAUCAUGUUGCUAAAAAGUAUGAAAUAGUUAAUUUUGAUUCACUUGUUGAAGCUAGUAUCGAGCUUCGAAUGACAUGUGAACAGCAUUGGCAUUCAAGCUAUGGAGAUUUGGUCGGUAAUGCAACAGAGCUUCUUAUGCGGAUAAGCAAUGUUCAGACCCUUUACUUAUCUGCCAACACUCUUUCGGUUCUUACUUUCUGCUGUGAAGAAAUACUGGUGUUCAAGAACCUGAUUCAUUUAACUAUGAAGACUCACCGGGAAGCAGGAUGGGAAUCAUUGCGGGCUCUACUCAAGAACUGUCCAAAACUAGAAACCCUCGUCUUCGAUGGACUCCAUCACAAAAAUACAUUUAAAUGCAAGGACGUUGACGGGUGCCUAUGCAGACCUUCGGAGGACCUUCCUAGUUUCCUGUCAUCAAGUCCGGUGAAGGUUAUAAAGAUACUCAAGUUUGGUGAAAUUUCUUUUUACAGUGAUGAAACGGCUAAGCAAUGGCAGAUGGAGCAGGUCAAGUAUUUCUUACAGGCAAUGCCGAAUCGUGAACAAAUGAUAGUGUGCUACAAUACACGAAUUGAUGAAGCUUUGAAAAGCCAACUUGAGAGGUUAGCUCGUAGAGGAGCUUCGUCGAAGUGCACUGUCCAACUAAUCUGUGAUCAUCGCAUCGAACCAAUUCAACGUUACUCCUAUGUCGACUAG